AUGAGUGAUGUGUGGUAUGGUAUGGGAAGAGCCUUAUGUGAGUUAGGCUGGGAUGGGAUGGCUAUCCGAACGGCUAAUAGUUUUCAAAGUGUGCCAACACUCGACAAUCAAACAGUUUUAGCUGUUCAGCAGUUCUUCAAUGAUAACACCGUUUCAAACCUCGCAAAUGCCGAUGUGGAGGAGGAGGAGGAAGAAGACGUGUUUCAAUGCGGGAAAUGUAAGAAACAGUUCUCAAUAUUGAAUGCAUUUGUGAGCCAUAAGAAGGAGUGCGGACGCAAAUCCACGCUUAACAGGAAUAUCAACCAAUUGUUGCACUCGACUCACGACAACUUGAAGAACCCAAAUGUCUCUCUGGGCUCUCAUCUAACACUUCCGACGUCCCCAACGCUGCCAACCAUAGCCGGUGGUGUCAUUCUAAGCGAAUCGGAUCUCUUAUCUCUGACCACAAGUCUUGAGCACAACAUCGGGAGUAUCUCUUCCAUCAGUCCGUCUGGUCUUCACAUAACUGGCGACAGCUCUUUGGGUACAAACGAUGGGAACGACACCUUCUCUAAUGUAUUGUCUGGAAUCUCUUCUAACAAUACCAUUCACACGACCACUAAUACCGUACAGACAUCACAAUCUCUGGGAUUACCCGUCUCUCUACUCAAUAAUUUGGUUUCGACACCAUUUUUGGUUCAAACGACAAACACUUCAAACAAUUCUAUGAAUACCUCUUCAGUGACUCUUCCGUCGAAUUUUGUGUUAAAUAUUCAGUCAAAUGCUAUGAAUAAUAGCAAUUCGAUCCCAAUAAUGAUCGCCACUUCUAAUUUGACACCAAUUACAUCGACUGUCACUCAGUCUAAGUCCACUCCAAUCCAAGUCUCUAAUAUUAAACCCAAAGAAUCUCAAAACAAAGCUAAUGUCCAGCAAAAGAAACAGUUGGACGCAGCCAUCCAUGUAUUGCCCUCUUCUGACCUCAAGGCCUCCACUCAUAAGACUCGCAAAAGAGUCAUCAAAACUGAAGUGACAGACGCUAUGAAUCCAGUUUCGCCCAAACGAUCGGCUAAAUUGAAGUGCACUUUCUGUGACCGGAGUUUUAAUAAGAAUUUUGAUUUACAACAACAUAUCCGAUGUCAUACGGGAGAGAAACCUUUCCAAUGCAUUGUCUGCGGCAGAGCUUUCGCACAAAAAAGUAAUGUCAAAAAACAUAUGCAAACACACAAAGUAUGGCCGGACGGGUUGGCCCAUACACUACCACCACAAGCGUCUAUGGAUAUGCUUAAAGACAACAGCAAUGAUGACAGUCUUGUGGAACCCGAGAGGAUGAUUGAGUCGAGCGAUAGUAACCAACAAAUAGACAGCAGUUAUGUGUGUCCGUACUGUUCGUAUACUAAUGGCAAAAGUCAAAAGUUUAAGAGUUAUUUCGAACUCAAAAGUCAUAUGAAAACUCAUAAACGAGAAAAAGUAUACAAAUGUAUUCAGUCUUCGUGUGGAGUCAUGUUCUCAGAGUUAGAGCCCUUUUUGGGUCACAUCCAGACUCAUGAGACAGAGAUGACCUAUAGGUGCCAUCAAUGCAAUAAGACGUUCAGUUCUCUAUACGAUCUGGGAUUACAUCAGUACUCACACUCUCUGUACCCAAACCAAGGCUCACGAACGGGACAGAGGUAUUUCCGAUGUCAGAAAUGUCUUAAUAAGUACACAACACCGGCGGCCCUGGAACACCAUUUGGCCACAUCUACCCAUCACUAUCCCUGUCAUAAUUGCAAUAAAGUGUUUCCCUGUGAGCGCUAUUUGAGGCGCCAUUUACUCACUCACGGCUCAGGUCUUCAUAUCUGCCAAUACUGUGAGAAGACAUUCAAAACCGCUAACUAUUUGAAAGUCCAUUUAGUCAUACAUACGGGAGAGAAACCUUUUGCUUGCAAUGUAUGCGACGCUGCCUUCAAUCGGAGGGACAAACUAAAGCGCCAUAAACUGGUUCACGACCCCAUCAAACGGUUUAAAUGCCCGUUCAAAGCACACACCGGUUGUCCCAAAGAGUUCAAUAGACCCGACAAACUAAAGGCACACAUUCUGACCCACAGUGGCAUUAAACCACAUCAGUGUAAUGUGUGUUUGCGGUCCUUCUCACGUCGAGCACAUCUCCGAGAACACCAAAAAGGACACGAAAGCGCCCAAAAUGUAGAGAUCACUACCAACACGACCACCACUACCACUAUCACCUCCACUCCCAACGCUGUCCACAAUAAAACUGAUUUCAUAACUCUAUUUGAUUGUGAAAAGUGUGGAAAUCUGUUCGCCUCUGAAUCAGAUCUGAAGAAGCAUUCGUGCGAAUCAACGGGUAAUGCGAUGACACUCAAGACCAAGAAGAAUGCGAAAGGAAAUGUAAAAUUAGCCAAAAAGACGAAUUUAACGACCAGUUGUCUGACAUCGGGCACCAGUACUGUCACCACAAGCAGUAUUGGCUACACGAAGACAAAGACGAAGCCGUGUUCGGUAAACGCGACGCUCACGACAGCAGUAUUGGGCGACUCAUCCGAUCAGAUGACACCUAAAGACUCGUCAAACAGUGAAUUCACGUUUCAGUUUCACGACGGACUCGACGACAACAUACCCACCGCUCACAUCGAGAUCAUUACAGCGCCUGUUGAUAUCGGCGGCUCUUUCCCACCCAUCGUUACCAUCGAUGGCAUACAAUACCCAACGAUUCCAAUACUAACCAAUUCUAUUGACAGUGACUGUGAGGACAACGAUAACACUAACAGCAAAGACGAGAUGUCAACCAAAGUCCUGUUGACUGCUAUCCCUUCACUAAAAUAAUAAUCAUCAUCACAACUAUUAUAACUCUCAACCGAAUUACAUAUUUAUAAAUAUUAACUAAAUCUAACAUUAUUUAAGACCACAUUUUCUUAACUCUUAUUUUAUAUCUAUUACUAUCGAUAUAAAAAGUGUAUUUAAAAAAUAAUUAAUUCAACGC